AUCCCUGCGCAGGCUGUGGGGCAAUUGUAGCUGCAAAAAUCCUUUGAAAAGAUGUAAUCUGGAAACGUUCAUUCUCGGUCUUGGCAAAUUGCGAUGAGGGAAGGAAAAUAUGACAGAGCGGAUUUUUUGUUGCGCCUCUGUGGAGCACGGGCCGUUAUUUUGAGAGAAAUAAUGCGGAAUAUUCCCCCCUGUAGGUGUUAACGCAGAAAAUACAAGAUGAAGAAGCAAUUCAAUCGGAUGCGACAGCUCGCCAACCAAACGGUGGGCAGGGCAGAAAAAACAGAGGUGUUAAGCGAGGACCUUUUACAGGUGGAGAAGCGUCUGGAUCUGGUCAAGCAGGUGACGCACAGCACUCACAAGAAGCUGACCGCCUGCCUGCAGGGUCAGCAGGGGGCUGAUAUGGAGAAGAGAUCUGUCAAGUCACCCUCUAAAAAACUACCACUCACUAUCCUGGCACAAUGUUUGGUGGAAGGGGCUGCAGUGUUAGGAGACGACUCUCUCCUCGGGAAGAUGCUGAAGCUUUGUGGGGAGACAGAGGAGCGGCUGGCACAGGAACUCAUCCAGUUUGAGUUCCAGAUAGAGAGAGACGUAGUGGAGCCUCUCUAUGUGCUUGCUGAGGUGGACAUUCCUAACAUCCAGAAACAGAGGAAGCACUUAGCUAAGCUCGUCUUGGACAUGGACUCAGCUCGGACAAGGUAUCAGCAGUCAUCCAAGUCAUCCAGUCACCCAAGCACCCUGCAGCCCGGCGCCAAGUCUGAGUCCCUCAGAGAGGAGAUGGAAGAGGCAGCCAAUCGGAUGGAGAUCUGCAGGGAUCAGCUGUCGGCAGAUAUGUACAAUUUUGUGGCCAAAGAAAUAGACUAUGCAAACUACUUUCAGACACUGAUAGAAAUACAGGCAGAAUAUCAUAGGAAGUCAUUAGAGAUUCUUCACAGUGUCCUGCCCCAGAUUAAAGCUCACCAAGAGGCGUGGGUGGAGAAGCCGUCCUUUGGCAAGUCGCUGGAGGAACACUUAAACAUUAGCGGGAGAGAGAUUGCCUUCCCCAUUGAAGCGUGUGUCACCAUGUUGUUAGAGUGCGGCAUGCAAGAAGAGGGCCUGUUCAGAGUGGCUCCCUCAGCCUCCAAGCUGAAGAAGCUGAAAGCCUCCCUGGACUGUGGAGUUCUGGAUGUGCAGGAGUACUCUGCCGACCCACACGCCAUCGCAGGAGCUCUGAAAUCAUACCUCCGUGAGCUCCCCGAGCCACUGAUGACCACUGAACUUUACGAUGAAUGGAUUCAGGCUUCCAACAUUCAGGAUAUGGACAAGAGACUACAAGCAUUAUUGGCAGCAUGCGAAAAACUUCCAACAGACAACCUGAACAACUUCAGAUAUCUAAUCAAAUUCUUAGCCAAAUUGACUGAGUACCAAGAUGCAAACAAGAUGACUCCAGGCAACAUGGCGAUCGUCCUCGGCCCUAAUUUGCUCUGGACACACUCUGAAGCAAAUAUGACAGAGAUGAUGACCACCGUGUCCCUACAGAUCGUUGGCAUCAUUGAGCCCAUCAUCCAGCAUGCUGACUGGUUCUUCCCUGGAGAGAUUGAGUUCAACCUGACAGGCAGCUACGGCAGCCCCAUCCACACCAACCACAACUCCAACUACAGCUCCAUGCCCUCACCAGACAUGGACCAAUCAGAACGCAAGCAGCAGCACGACCAGAGCCGACGCCCACUCAGUGUUGCAACAGACAACAUGAUGCUGGAGUUUUACAAGAAGGACGGCAUUAGGAAGAUACAAAGUAUGGGCGUGCGGGUGAUGGAUACCUCCUGGGUGUCUCGUAAGGGUUCAUCCACACUGGCACGCAAGGCCUCCUCAACCCCUCCAGGCAUGCAAGGCCCCGGCUCUCCCGCAGACACACUGAUCCCGGAGCAGCCUGGAGAGCUGGCCACGUCCCCCUCUGCUACACCUCCACCUGCAGAAAGGGUUGGCUCAGACGACGUGUCACCCAAUCGGCCGGACACCUCUCAUGGCCACCCGCCCCCAGGGGAGGACCGGCCACCCCCUCCUUACCCCACCGCCUCGUGCCACCCUGCCCCACACCACUUCUAUCCCAAACCCCCGCCCUGUGCUCGCCCAGUGGCCCCGGGUCCAGAGUCCCAGCCCCCUGGCUCACCCCCUCCCCCACUGCGCUGGUCUGGCUUCACUCCCCCCGCCCCGCCCCCUUCCUCCUCCUCUUCCUCUUCCUCCUCGUCACUUGACAUCAAUUCAAACCCCAAGCCCAGCUGCCUGCAUUUCCCCAAGCACGGCCCGCCUGGCGACGUGUCGCAUGUCCCCCCACCCGACACUAAUGCUUCGCCGCUCUACAUCAAAACACCCUUGGUACUAACCCGCCACGACCUGUCCCUUGGCAACCCCCCUAGCCUCCCUUCGUCCGCGCCCCCGCCCCCGCCGUGGGCUGCCUGUCCAUGUGCCCGAGAGAGAGGACCCCCCAGGCUGACUAGUACACUGAAGAGUAAAGAGCUGUCUCCUGUGAUUGGACAUAAAGCCAUCCAGGUGACAGGCCCAACGGUCCCGCCCGGCAGCAGCCCGCAGAGCAGCAGCCAGUGCCCCCACUCUGCAGAGCACAGUCCACACACCCUGCGCAAAGGUUCUAAGAAGUUGGCCCCUGUGCCUCCCAAGGUCCCCUACGGCCAGUCUGGCGGGAUGUCCGACCAGUCCACAGGUCAGCCGUCGCCGGUCAGCCUGUCCCCCACCCCCCCUAGUACUCCCUCCCCUUAUGGACUGGCCUGCCCACCAGGGCAAGCGCUCGCGUCCUCCCCUGGGCAGACCCCCCUGGGGGCGCCCCAUUCCCUUUCGUCCCCACCCUCCUUGACCGGAACACUCACCAAGUCCCGGCCUGCCCCUAAGCCCAGGCAGAGACCCAGUCUGCCCCCUCCUCAGCCGCCCACAGCCCCCCCAGGGCUCUCUGGCCCGGCCCCGGCCCCGGUUCCCCAGCCCCUGGAGCAAGGCCUCCUGGACGGACUGUCCCCCGGGGAGAGCAUGUCCACAGGUAAACACCAGCCCAUGGCAACAACACCCCCGCCACCACCUCAGGUGGGGCUGCAGCGGCCCUCUCUCAGACUCGCUGUGGCUCUGUCCAAUGGAGACGGUGGACGAGUGUAGGACUCUGUAGGACUUUGAGAAUGUUGCUGUAGAUAUAAAAGCUACCUAUCCCUUUCAUCAACUGCUCCCAAAAGAAUGUCUGAAUGAAUAACAGUUGCCUUUUAGACACAGUUGCCUGAGAAUGACAUGAUGUAAAUAUUAGAAUUUUUGUGCAAUUAUUGUAGCAAGAAAAAAAAACCUCCUGACCUAUGUAUUCAUUGCUUGUGUUAUGUGAUGAUGUUUCUGGGUAACGUGUGGAAACAUCAGAGAAGCAUAGCUCGUCCUGCUUGUAUGGAAGUUGCCAUUAGAUUCAUCUUGUGCUCUCUGUUUAUCUGUGUUACCCAGACCCUCACUCGGCAGAGGUAGGUCAGAGGCUUACACAGUUCAUACCAGUCCAAUCUUUAUCAGCACCUAGGGGCGUUGGAGACCUAGCCAGAUACACCCAGCAAUAUAUCUAUGAUGUUCUGAUGAUGAGGUGUUCUGUCAAUAUAUACCAAGCAUUCUGUCACUUCUGUUAUAUUUAUCAUUCUCUUGUUCCCCCUGCUACUAUUGUGUACCUUGCAGCUGUGUGAGGCCAGGGAUUCAGUGUGGGCUAAGUGUGAGGGGGACUUUUAGGGUAAGCCAGACCGCCCCCGCCCCGUGCGCUCCAUCUCACCGCCUGGCCUAGUGCUGUGGCUGCCUCUGGGGUCUCCUGCAGCCUGCCGCAAACAUUCGUACCUACCUCUACCUCUCUGUCAAUCAGAACACUUUAUCUAUUCCCUGUCAGCAGGUUCACUUUACAGUCUCUUUGCACAGUGUUGCAGUUGUAAUGCAUGGCUUAAGGACUUCCCAGAGCGCACCACACUGUGCUCACAUUGCAGACUCUGUCGCUUACAAAGGUCCAUUUUAAAGCCCGCCCGUUCCUUUCUCUCCCCAUUCCCAGUCCUAUGCCAACAGACAUCCCCCUCUAAUGCCCCUGCCACCGGUAAUGGGGGGGCCACAGGUAACCCCCACUCCUCCUUUGGCAGGUUCAUCGCUUUGUAUAACCUCUGCUCCCUUUUACUACACUGCCACGCUCCAUCUCAUUCCUACACAGGAGUAGUCAUCACUCUCUCUGCUUGGACUUGCUGCCUACAGUAAAUGCAGCAGUGCUUUAUGAUACCUAUAUUUAGAACAAAUAUCCAGCCAGUCCUCAUGAGAUUUCCAUUGUUACUUCAAGCCUACCUUGGUGUCUUGGUGCCAUUUUUCACAGAGUUCCACACACAUCUUGUUGCCUCUGUGUUGGUUUAUCUGGCCGUUGUCGUAAACGUGUACAGUAAUGUGUCAUUGUGCAGUCAUUUUUGACCUGUUAUUGUACUUUUAUCACACAAUUUUACUAUGUAUCGUCUCAAAAGAUGCAAAGAGCCGUGACGUACACUUGUCACUCCGCAGUCGGUUCAACAGAGAUGUGACUUGCAACACACUUACAACAUCCCUGUGUAGAAUGUGAAAGACUAAACACAUGUAAUCUGCUACUUCCUUCAAAUGAGGGCAGACAUCAUAUGCCACUUAUCUUGAGUUCAGACUCAAAAAGACUAAAUUUUUAUUUCUGCUCUCUUCCGUUUUUUACACCUCAUCAUCAUCAUCAUCAUAUGCCCUCCCCCCUUCUUCUUGCUCAUAAUCACCACCGCCACCAUUCUGCUCCUCAUACUCACCUUUCCCACCAUGCUCACCAUUAGAUAUCUUCAAUUAUGAAAUCCCCUCCAUCAAUGUCAAUCUGGACAGCCUCAUCGAUGAGUUCAGCGGCGCCCCCUGCAGGAGCUCCCUGGCAGUGA